CGGCCAUCUACAUCCAUUCUUCUCUUCCGUGCACGCGCAUCACGUUAGACGGUCAAUUGCCUUUACAGCCGCUUGUACUUUACCCUUUCAAAUACCUACAGGCCACUCCGACCUUCAUCAUGAGCGAUACCACCGCCAACACUGAGGCUGCGCCUGCCGUCGAGAAUGUUCAGACCGAGGUCCAAACCGAGACUGUAGAGGCCCCCGUCGCUGAGGCUGCCCCCGCCGCCGAGGAGGCUCCCAAGACUGAGGAUGCCAGCAAGGAGGAGGAGAAGAAGCCUGAGGCUACCAAGUCUAUCGACCGCGCCGACUACAAGAACAACAGGAAAUACGAUCCUUCGACCCAGCCCGUCACUGACGAUCCCGUCAAGAUCCGCAACCAGGUCGAGUUCUACUUCAGCGACAGCAACCUCCCUACCGAUAAGUUCAUGUGGGAGACGACCGGAGGCGUGGAGAACAAGCCCGUUUCGCUCAAGACCAUCUGCAGCUUCAAGCGCAUGCAGAUGUUCCAGCCCUACUCGGCCGUCGUCGCUGCGUUGAAGGAGAGCGCCUUCUUGGAUGUGUCUGGCGAGGAGGGCCAGGAGACGGUCAAGCGCAAGAAGGCCUACACUUCGUCCUCUGAUGCGCAAAAGGCCCGUCUGGCUGCCAGCGUUUACGUCAAGGGUUUCGGCGAAGAGACCGGAUCCACUCAGUUCGACAUCGAGGCUUUCUUCACCAAGUUUGGUCAGGUCAACCUGGUGAAGCUGAGGCGUAACGAGGAGAACAAAUUCAAGGGCUCGGUCUUCGUUGAGUUUAAGACGGAAGACGAAGCCAACGCCUUUGUUGCCCUGAACCCCGCCCCCAAGUGGCAGGACCAAGAGCUCGUCAUCAAGAAGAAGAAGGACUACCUGGACGAGAAGACCCAGCUCAUUAAGGAGGGCAAGAUGGAGCCCGGCACCAGCAAGAAAAAGAUCUUCUUCGAGGGCAGCAUCAAGGGUGCCGAACGUGGCCGCGGACGUGGCGGCCGCAGCGGUGGUGACAAGGGUGACUGGAAGUCGCGUCGUGAUAACGACCAGAGAAACGGCUUCAAGGGUGGCCGUGGUCGUGGAAGGGGUGGCCGCGGUGGCCGUGGCGGCCGUGGUGGUCGCGAUAACCGUGACCGCAACAACGAUAACAACAACAAGCGUGCCCGUGAAGAUGACGGAGACAAGAGUGCUGAGCCAGCGGCGAAGAAGGUCGACACUAAGACUGAGGCUGUCGAGCAGCAAUAGAAGGCCGACAUUGGUAUGCUCCAAGUUCUGGGCCGGACGGACUGAUGACUUGUUCCUGAUGAAUAAUUGUCGAGGCUGUAAAACAUUCGGACGGCGUUAUAUGGGUGGUGUUUGUUUUAAACUUAAAAGGGCAGGUAUUUCGUACUACAACAUCCGAUAUUGACCUUGAUAGCGUGCUGUGGUUAUUGCAUGCAAAUAUAUACGCAGUAUAAAGGCGAUGGUUCUAGAAGUAAGCAUUGUAUUACUUUUGCUAGACCAGUUGAGUGAAUGGACUACU